AUGAUAGAAGACGGUAGCCGCGACUCAAAGCGCGCUUACCGAAAAUCAGAAAUAAUUGAAGAACCUAAUUGCUGCUUCGAAGCCAUCGACGAUACCAAACUCUUCUGCUGCAGAUGCGCUCACAAGAAGCGAGCGUCACCUCUCACCUGCCUCGCGAUAUGCUUCCUCGUUCUCACUUACAACCUCCUGGGUGGAUUCCUCUUCCUCGCAAUAGAAGGAAACACAGUGAUAGAAGAAACUGCUGUAGCAGAAUCGAAGCCAAAUUUAAGUUCACAGGAAAGCGGCGAUUUGCGCUCGAAAACAGUCGAGAAGCUCUGGUCAAUAACGGAAGAUCUUAAUAUUUUGUACAAGGAAAACUGGACGAAAUUGGCUGCGAAGGAGUUGAUGGAUUUUCAAAAGGUUCUGAUGAAGUCGAUACGCGGAGUCGAAGUUGGCCAGAUACAUUUCGAUGACGCCGAGUAUCGGUGGACUUUUGCAGGCAGUUUUUUGUAUGCCCUGACGCUGAUUACUACAAUUGGUCAUGGUAACGUGGCGCCGAAGUCGUCGACGGGGAAGAUAGUGGCAAUUGUGUACGCGUGUGUGGGCAUACCGCUCAUAAUGCUCUAUCUCUCCACGAUCGGCGAGGCACUCGCAAGAAACUUCCGUUCCCUGUACUCCAGAAUGUGCCCAUCGCGCCUCAGAAGUGGAGACUUCCACUCAAAAGCCGAGUGUUUACGCUACACCUUACCCAUAGCGGAGUGCGAGAGAAACGAAAAGAUUUUCGAUCGUCAAAAACGGACACCUUUUACAGCCGCUCUCAACCUUGACAAUUUCAACAGCGGUUAUCAUUGGACGUGUCGGGACCAUACACGAGUGCCAAUUGUUCUUAGUUUACUAUUAAUCGCCUUGUAUAUAGCGUUAGGUACUUUUAUAUUCCAUUCAACAGAAAAGUGGAACUUUAUUGAUGGCUGUUACUUUUCAUUAUCAAGCCUCGCGACGAUAGGGUUCGGUCAUCUUAAGCCGGGACUAUACGCCAGCACAGUAUCGGCAAAAGCUGAGGACAUUGCUGUGGGAGUGUGUUGUAUCUAUAUACUAGUGGGGAUAGUUAUAGUUGCAAUGUGUUUUAAUUUAAUCCAGGAAGACAUGAGCGUAGCUGUGCGCGGCUUCACCGCUCUGUCGAUGGGUAGCGCUAAGUCGAGAGCUGUACACAGUGAAGCGUGUGAUGAAAAGAUAGCUAUGGCUGUCGUCUCUUGA